AUGAGGAGCUCUUUGCUUCAGAGUUGGUUACUUGUAAUUGGCAUAGUUGUUGCUGAUACCCAUGAAAAUGCAAUACUAACAGCGGGAAAAGUGCAUGUAGAGUAUGAAGAGUUGCAUCCUGUUUUAUCUAUAGAGGAUGCACUCAAAUUUAAAAGUUUUCAUCCUGGCUCAGAGAAGCAAUUCCUGAAAGGCGAUGUUGAUCUCUGCUUUCUGUUAGGUGCAUGUGACAGGAUCAUUGAAGGAGAGGUACAAGUAGGUGGUCAAGAACAUUUCUACUUGGAAACACAGAGCAGUUUAGUAUGGACCAUGGAUAGUGGUAAUGAGGUCCAUAUGAUUUCAUCUACUCAAGCUCCUCAGAAGCAUCAGAAGUAUGUCAGUCACGUACUUGGUCUUCCUAUGUCAAAAGUAGUUUGCAAAAUCAAGAGAAUUGGUGGCGGUUUUGGCGGCAAGGAGACAAGAUCAGCUUUUAUUGCUGCUGCAGCUUCUGUUGUCUUAUCUGUUAAACCGGCAUGUAAAACUCACCUUAGACCGAGAUGUAGACAUGAUGAUAACUGGGCAGCGUCACAGCUUUCUUGGAAGUAUAAGGUAUACUUUAAUUUACCAGUUGGCUAUUUUGACAUUGAUUUUAUGCUGUGA